AGGACUCACUGAGUCGAGUCGAGUCGAGUCACUCAAGAGAGAAAUCGAAAGAAAAGCACAGCAUCAAGCCGUUGCACCACAAGCCGCUAUCCUGUUGUAGUCUGGCUAGCUAGCUAGUCCACGAUGACGACAAUUCGCUAUUUUAUCCCAGAAGAUGGGGAUGAUGAAGCAUAUCCCAAUGUCUUUCUCGCUGCAAAAUCAAGGCAUGCUGGGGUUCCACCAACACUUGGACAGAUCCGGGAUGCCUUUCCGUUGCCAGGUCGGUAUCAUUUCCGCUUCAAAAGCCCACUGUUUCCUGGAGGUGACCGCGACAAAGAUGCAAUGGCUGUGUGGAUGGAUUGUGUAAAGGACACUGCGCCUGUUCCCACUUGGCGUAACACUAUUGUAGCAAAAGCAACUAGAUUGGGCAUGGAGGAAGAAGACGAUGAAGAUGACGAAGAAUUUGUCAAUGCCGGAUCAGCAGCACCACCUGCCAUUCCUCACUCCCAUUCGGCUCCAACCCGAAACGUCUCCAGUUCGGCUCCACCCCAACAACACGCGCCUCCCCCGCAACCAGCACCCUCCCACGCCCCAGAACCAUCAUUGGACAUUUUUGGCACUCCUGCUGCUCCGGCUUCUUCCAGUUUGUUGGAUGGCCAUCACCCGGCUCCUGCUCCUUCCUCGGGUGGCCUGUUGGAUAUAGACACACCUGUUUAUGGAGGUCAAGCCGCAGGCAGCAAUAUGCACAACGAUUUCUUGGGAAUGACGGCUCCCGUCAGUACCCCACAACAGGCGCAAACACCCGCCUUCAAUAAUCAACCGUAUGGCCAACAACCACAGCAGCAGCAGCAACGCCAGCAACAGAGCAUGCACCCAAACAACCAAAAUGCUUUCGGAAACUUUAGCAAUCAGCAGGGUCCUUUCGGGGGUCUGGGAACUCCUUGGAAGUAGCAUGUUAGAUCUGGCCAAAUCUGAAAUGGAACAAUGACAAUAAAUGAGGAAGGAAUGGUUUGGUUGAGGCUAUGUGGGCGCCGUGUAUCAAAGCUGUGUGCUGCUUGCCGUUGUUUGAAAGCGGUGGGGAGCAGGUUGGAUUUGGGUAGCAAUUCUAGCUAGGCUAGAUAAAUGAACAAUUUGCUUUUGCGCCUACAGCAUCAAAAAUCGGGCACCAGCCAGUCAUGCAGCACCGGAACUGGAAAGAACCCUCGUUGAACCAAGCUGGUGGUCGAUAUAUAUCGCAUGAGUACCUACCAUUCUGAAGUACUCGCGCUAUGCCACUACAGCAUUGUGCCAUUAGCAUCGGGAUUUUGAUGUUACUUUCAUGUACCGAAUGAAUAGUCUAGUCUAGAAUAAGCCCACAGAUUUAUGUAUUCCCACAACCCGGCAACCAUCGGAAGCCAGAAGUGACUUGGUGCCACCAAUAAGUUCCGACAGCUUGCUUCCGGUAGCCAACGACUAGCUAGCUAGCCACCAGAUAGGAUGAUAAGCUGAGCAGCCCUGACCUCGUGCAUCAUUUGCUCAUCAAAAGCCAGAAAUGGUGCGGCGUGUCUC